CACAGCCGGAAGACAGAAAUGGCAGCUCACAGGUGCAGCAACUCCGCUGCGCUGCUCAUUCUUUGUAGUUUGUCGGUGUUUAUUGUCGUAGACAGUCAAGAAACGAGCCUAAACGAUGGUCACCCUGCCACUCCUGUCGAUAAUCCACAAACAGCCACAGAAACAGCGGCACACAGAGCCGAGCAGCCCGCGGUGGAGGAGCCGACUCCGGGUGAUGCUGCUCCCCACAAACAGGACGCUUCUGCCGCUGAAACCGGGGAGCCCUCAUCGGUACCGCGGCCCAAAGACGACUUUCAGGAGGAAUUGGUCAUCAGACCUCUGCACUCAGGAGAUAUCUAUGCCAGCUUCCAGUUCCGCACCGUGUGGGAAACUGAUUUCAUGAGAGGAAAUAAAGUGUCCCACUACCGGCUAUUUCCAAAGUCUCUGGGCCAGGUCAUCUCCAAGUUCUCGGUGCGAGAGCUGCAUAUUUCCUUCACGCAGGGCUACUGGAGGACCAUGCAGUGGGGGCAGCCCUUUCAGCCGUCCCCUCCUGGGGCUGAACUCUGGGUCUGGUUCCAGGACUCUGUGACAGAUGUGGAUGGCACGUGGAAGGAGCUGACCAAUGUGUUGUCGGGGAUCUUCUGCGCUUCACUGAACUUCAUUGACUCCACCAACACAGUUCAGCCCAGUGCGUCCUUCAAGCCGCUGGGUAUAGGCAACGAGACGGACCACCGCUUCCUUCGCUAUGCCACCCUCCCACGAGAGAUUGUUUGCACUGAGAAUUUGACACCCUGGAAGAAGCUCUUGCCAUGUGGAUCCAAGGCUGGUCUCGCUGUCCUGUUGAAGUCAGAGAAACUCUUCCACAGCAGUUUUCACUCCCAGGCAGUGCACAUCAGACCCGUGUGUCAUGACUGGCAAUGCAAAACUACAUCCUGGGAGCUGAGGCAAACGCUGAAUGUGGUCUUUGACCUGCACAACUCUGCACAGGGCAAACGAGAGUGGUCUCUGUUUAAGAUGUUUUCCCGGACCCUGACAGAAGCUUGUCCACUGGCCUCCUCCAGUAAAAUCUACAUCGACAUCACAGACAACCCUCAGGGCGAGCAGUUUGAGGUGAGCCCGGACACUCCCUUGCUGAGCCAGGCAGUGGUCCUGGGGGACAGACGGACCUUCUCUGUCUACGAUCUGACCCAACAAAUCACCUUUGGCACUGUGCGCUCCCUCAACCUGCUGAUCCGCUGGAAAUCCAGUGAGGGUGACAUGCUGCGUCCUCUGCUCCACGCUGAGCGUUAUGUGGCUGGUUACGGGCUGCAGACAGGAGAGAUUCACACGCUGAUGUACAACAACCAUCCCUACAGGUCUUUCCCCGUCCUGCUGUUGGACUCAGUGCCUUGGUAUCUUCGUCUCUACAUCCACACCCUCACUGUCACCAGCAAAGGAAAGGACAACAAGCCCAGCUACAUCCACUACCAACCGUCUAAGGAUCGUGUGAGGCCCCACCUGCUGGAGAUGCUGGUCCAGCUUCCUCCCAACUCUGUCACCGAGGUUACCGUGCAGUUUGAGAGGGCUCUCCUCAAGUGGACUGAAUAUACCCCUGAUCCCAACCACGGCUUCUACGUUGGGUCUUCAGUAAUCAGCUCUCUUGUACCAAGCAUUGUCGCCAUGGAUACGAACAGCACUCGGGAACGUCCACUUUUUAGCAGCUUUUUUCCCUGUAAAGAGGAGUCCAGCUACUUUGUGCGCGUCUACACAGAGCCUCUGCUGGUCAACCUGCCGACUCCGGACUUCAGCAUGCCUUAUAAUGUCAUCUGCCUGACCUGCACCGUUGUGGCCGUGGGCUAUGGCUCCCUCUACAACCUACUGACCCGGAGUUUCCAGAUAGAAGAGCCCAGCCCGGGAUUGGCCAAGCGGAUAGCCAACAUCAUUCGCAAGAUGCGGGGCGUGCCGCCACUCUGAGGCUGAGCAUGCAUGCCAACUUGCUCUGCUUUUAGAAAGGAAGUUUUCCUUUUGGUUAAACCACUGGUAAACAUGUGAUAUUCAGGGAUAAACUGAGUCGAGCACUGAUAUGAAUGUUUUUAACUUGAAGGUUUUGUAUUUUGGUUUGUAUUCAGGAUCAUUUCCUGCUGGUGAAGGACAAUGUAAGAAAAUGUUGACAUUUGUCUUCUUGGAUGGGAAGUGAGAGCUUUGUUAUUAUUUAACAAGCAGAAGGAGCCAAAGCUGUGCAGUAUGCUGCAAUGGCAACUGGUUCCAUUGUUUUUGUUUUGUGAAUGUUUGAAUCCAUAACUUCACUACAUCAUAAUAUAGCCAGAAUGUCUGAGGCUUUUUGGUAACGUGAGGAAAUUAUGAUAGAAUUAUGUUUCCACAAAUAUGAGACUAUUGAGAGCUCAGAUAGAGAGAGGACAAUUUAUUCAGUCAGAAUGUUACAUUUUCUCAAACCUCAGUUAUGACAGGAUAUCAAAUACUGAGUACAACUACAAAUUGACACAGCGUGUGUCAACAGACAACAAAUCUAAUAACUAUGGAAAAUUCAGUUCCUGAUUCAUUUGUAUUAUCUAACACAUGUUUUAUAGUUAGUUAUAUAGUCAUUUUAAUAUAUAAGAGAAGAGCCUAUGCCUACAAAAAUACUACCAAAACCAUAAUUUUUUACAUUUUGUUUUUGGGGGUGGACAUAAGCAUAACAUUACUUGUCUGGAACUACUGGUUCUAUAUGAAAGAAACCUCCCUCUUACCAAACCUUUAUUUUGCACUCAUUGGUUGUUGGAUGCAUGCUUGAAUGUUAAGCGCAACUUUUCGGGUUGUUGACUCUUUCACUCAUCAGUGUCUUAUAGCAAAUAGAAAUCUGUCAUUGUGGAAAUGACCUUUCCCUACCCUGAAAUACUACCCUGCAAGAGCUUAACAACCUGUGUUAUGUUAAUCUGCCCAGAAGUCCAUUCUGUUUCACUUGCUGUGUGCAGAAUGUGAAUGUUUGAAGCGGUACUCUUUGUGUGAGUUGCAAAACUUUUCUUUAUUGCCUUUUCAAUAAACUGAU